GUUCAGUUGUGACUGUAAGAAGUAUUCCUGAAAGAAGUCCUGGACAAAAAAACAAGGAAGAAAAAGGAGGAAAAGAUCUUGACAUUUCUUCAGCGAUCUCAGAUGGAGAAGAGCAAAUCUGAUGUCAGUUGUUUCCGAGAUGACCUCCCAGGUGACCCUUGUCCAUUCUUCAUUCCAUGUGAGUUACAUCUCUUUCUUUCUGGAGUUUCAUGACUUCUCCCCACUUGAAAAAAAAAACAAAACAUUUUUUCUGAAUAGUUGGCAAGAACCUUCCUUUCCUAAUGACCUACCAGGCUUCUGUGGAAGUAAUGUGCUUUUCCCUUAGAACACUCCACUACCACAACAAGAACUAAUGGGCUUCUUGGACUGAGCAGUCUGCAAAGACCGAAGGCCUAUCCACUUUGUGACAACAGCACCUUCAAACGUCGGCUGAACGGACAUCAAUUGUCACUGCUUCAGCAGCCAGAAAUGACGUCCACCCCUCGUCCAGCAUCAGAGAAUAAGAACUUCAGAGGAAGGAAUGCAACUUCAUAAAUAGCAAACCGCAGGCACUAAUGGGGAGCAGAGGCGAACCUGCAGGUUAAAAAUUGGUCGCAAGAGAAGCCUGUGCAUCCACACUGCCGGAAGAUUCCGAGAUGACUUCAGCUCUAGCGUUUGUUUUCCUCCUCUGCCUCUCUUGUCCUUUUUCAUCAUGCCAGCAGAGAAGAAUAGGAGGUGAAGUCGGGCCAGAAAUGCUGGAAGAGAUGAGAGAAACCAACCGUGUGUUAAUGGAAGUUCGAGACUUGUUGAAACAGCAGAUUAAGGAGAUAACAUUCCUGAAGAAUACAGUCAUGGAGUGUGAUGCCUGUGGCAUGCGCCACGAGGUGACAGGCCCAGUUAUCACCGUGACCCAGUUUAACAGAUGCCUCCCCAACUCCUGCUUCCCUGGAGUGGACUGCACCGAGACCGGCACUGGCUUCCGCUGCGGACCUUGUCCCCCAGGUUAUUCAGGCAAUGGGUCCCACUGCACAGAUAUCAAUGAGUGCAACGCAAACCCCUGCUUCCCGAAGGUCCAGUGCAUUAACACCUCCCCUGGCUUCCGCUGUGAUCCCUGCCCUCCCGGCUUCACUGGGCAAAUGGUCGAAGGCGUUGGGCUAGCUUAUGCCAGAGCCAACAAACAGGUUUGCACUGACAUCAAUGAAUGUGAGACAGGCGCUGCCAGAAGUUGUGUCCCAAACUCCAUCUGCAUCAAUACACGGGGAUCCUACAAGUGCGGGGCUUGUAAACCUGGCUUUGUUGGGGAUCAAGUCAAUGGCUGCAAGAGUCAAUCGGUGAGACGCUGUCCUAACGGUGAAAUUAGUCCCUGCCACGAGAAAGCACAGUGCAUCGUGGAGCGUGACGGGUCCAUCUCCUGUGUGUGUCUUGUGGGAUGGGCAGGGAAUGGCUACGUCUGUGGGAAGGAUACGGACAUUGAUGGAGUCCCUGAUGAGAAGCAACGCUGCUCGGACAAAAAAUGCCGCAAGGAUAACUGCCUGACUGUUCCCAACUCUGGCCAGGAGGAUGCAGACAGAGAUGGAAUUGGCGAUGCUUGUGAUGAUGAUGCUGAUGGAGAUGGAAUAUUAAAUGCUGAGGACAACUGCGUGUACACACGCAACGCAGACCAGCGCAACAUAGACAAGGAUAACUUCGGCGAUGCCUGUGACAACUGUCGCCAAGUGAAGAACAAUGACCAACGAGACAUCGAUGGUGAUGGGAAGGGAGACGAGUGUGACGAUGACAUGGAUGGAGAUGGGAUCAAAAACCCGAUGGACAACUGUCAAAGAGUUCCUAACCGUGAUCAGAAAGAUGCCGAUGGCGAUGGGGUAGGAGAUGUGUGUGACAGCUGCCCGACAGUCAGCAACCCAGACCAGAAAGACACUGACCAUGACCUCGUGGGAGACGUCUGUGACACCAACCAGGACAGCGAUGGGGAUGGACACCAAGAUUCACGGGAUAACUGCCCGUCAGUGCCCAACAGCUCCCAGGUGGAUACAGACAACGAUGGGCUGGGAGAUGAAUGUGAUGAUGAUGAUGACAACGAUGGGAUUCCAGAUGAGAAACCUCCAGGCCCUGACAACUGUCGGCUUGUCCCUAACCCUGGCCAAGAAGACGCGGACGGUGAUGGUGUGGGGAACCUUUGCGAAGAUGACUUUGACAGAGACAUGGUGAUUGACAGAAUCGACGUGUGCCCAGAGAACGCAGAGGUGACGCUGACAGACUUCAGGGCUUUCCAGACGGUUGUACUGGACCCGGAGGGCGAUGCACAGAUCGACCCCAACUGGAUUGUCCUCAACCAGGGCAUGGAGAUUGUCCAGACCAUGAACAGCGAUCCUGGCCUGGCUGUAGGUUACACGGCGUUCAACGGAGUGGACUUUGAGGGCACAUUCCACGUCAACACUGCCACGGAUGAUGACUAUGCUGGCUUCAUAUUUGGCUACCAGGACAGCUCCAGCUUUUAUGUGGUCAUGUGGAAGCAGAUGGAACAGACGUACUGGCAGGCAAACCCCUUCCGAGCAGUAGCAGAACCUGGAAUCCAACUGAAGGCAGUGAAGUCUAAAACAGGCCCAGGCGAGUACCUCCGCAAUUCCCUCUGGCACACGGGAGACACCACGGAUCAGGUCAAAUUGCUGUGGAAAGACCCGCGCAAUUCUGGCUGGAAGGACAAGACAUCUUACCGCUGGUUCCUGCAGCACCGGCCUCAAGUUGGAUACAUCAGAGCUCGCUUCUACGAAGGCCCUGAAGUGGUAGCAGACACUGGAGUUGUCCUUGACACAACCAUGCGAGGAGGACGCCUUGGCGUCUUCUGCUUCUCCCAGGAGAACAUCAUUUGGUCAAACCUGCGUUACCGCUGCAACGACACCAUUCCGGAAGACUAUGAAACGUUUAGAGUUCAGCAAGACUAACCUCUGGCUUCAACGUCUGUCCAGCCAAACCCGCUUUAAAAGCCGAGCUCAGCUGCCCCACUAUCGCUCUGGUAUACGGAAUAAAGACCUGUACGUAACGUCCCACUGCACUCUGCACAGCGCCAAGCGGCAGCGCCUUCCCUCGCACCUUUUCUACAACAGCAACUUUCUUUAAACGCUCUGAAAUCCCAUCUUGGGAUGGGUGAGGUGUGAAGAGAAACCUGUGCUGCGAACACCGUCCUCGACGCUGCAUGGGAAGAGAUGUGCCGAGAAGCCAACUGCAGUAGCUGGAAUUGCCUGAGUAAGUUUAGCAUGGAUGAUUCCCAGGAACAUUUCCCUCCUCAAAGGCUCUGAAGUGUGAAUGUUGUUCUCCUUUUCAAGACCUGCUGCAAAGCAAACUCAGCAUGAGGCCGAAAAGGACACAGAGAGCAGCCUAUGUACAAGUUGCUCACGGAACAUUACUUAAAGCACUUUAAGGAGAGUAUCUUUGUUCUGGAAUGUUGGAUAAUAAAUACUAGAUUUCUCCUUGGU